GAGUUUCUUUGUGACAAGUCUCCUUAUUGGCAACAAAUGGUUGAUGCCAUUACCAUAUGCAGGGCGGGGUUCAAAGCCCCUAGUGAGAGUGAUUUGAGGGGACCCAUUUUGUCUCAAAUGGUGGAUGAUGUGAAAAAGGAUUUAGAUGAACAACGCCACAUAUGGAGCACUAAAGGUUGCACCAUCAUGACUGAUGGUUGGACGGAUAGGAGAAAUAGAACUCUCCUUAAUUUUCUUGUUUCUUCCGCAGGGGGCACCGUUUUCAUCAAGUCCAUUGAUGCCUCCGCCCAUUGCAAGAAUGCCACCUACCUAUGUGAGCAGAUAGAGGAGGUGAUUGAAGAUGUGGGUGAGGAGAACGUGGUACAGGUGGUGACCGACAAUGCAGCAAAUUAUGUUGCUGCGGGUAGACUAUUGAUGGAGAGGCACCCAUCUAUAGUUUGGACUCCAUGUGCUGCUCAUUGCAUUGACCUCAUGUUGGAGGAUAUUGGAAAAAUCCCAUGGGUCAAGAGAUGUGUAGAAAGGGCAAGAAAUGUCUGCAAAUUUGUAUAUAAUCAUUCAUGGGUGUUGGCUCUUAUGAGACAAUACACAGAGCAGAAGGAGUUGCAUCGUCCAGGAAUCACAAGAUUUGCCACAAACUUCCUCACAUUGCAGUCCAUGCUUAGGUCUAAGCCUGCCUUGAGACGUAUGAUUGUUGGUGAGGAGUGGUCUUCCUCAUCCUAUGCUACCACCCCUGCAGGGAUAGAGAUGGCAGACUACAUUUUUGAUGAGCAAGGCUUUUGGGUCCCUUGUGAUGAGAUAGUGAAAGUAAUUUUUUUAUAAAUUCUACAAUUUAGCUUCAUGUUUUAUAAGUUAUUAUAUGUAUUCUCUUAUUUGCUCAUUUUUCUAAAUUACACAAUAUUUUCAAUUUUGCAGUUUGUUAAGCCCUUGGUGGUUUUCUUGCGAGUUGCGGAUGGAGAUAAGCCCGCAAUGGGCUAUAUAUAUGAGGGCAUGGAUAGGGCGAAGGAGGCCAUCAAAUUCGUCUAUGGAGCAGAUGAGAGCAAGUAUGGUCCCAUUUGGGAGAUCAUUGAUAGGAGAUGGCAUCAUCAGCUACAUAGGCCCAUCCAUGCGGCAGCCUAUUAUUUGAAUCCGGCAUUCCGUUUUAUCCCUUCUUUCAAGGCUGAUGCGGAGGUCCUUAAUGGGCUAUAUGCAAUCAUGGAGAAGAUGGGACCUGCCGGUACUUCUCAGAUAGACCUUUUUCGAGAGCUACAGAUGUUCUCAGAUGCACAAGGGGAGACCUUCUCUCGUCCUGUCGCCAAACACGCUAGAACAACUAUGAUGCCAGAUCAUUGGUGGAACUUUUUUGGCCCAGAGACACCAAAUGUUCAGAAGUUGGCCAUUCGUAUCUUGAGCCAACCAUGCAGCGCAUCAGGUUGUGAGCGCAAUUGGAGUAUGUUUGAGCACAUACACUCCAAGAGGCGCAAUAGAUUAUCUGUGGAGAAGAUGAAUGAUCUCGUCUUUGUUCACUACAACCUCCGCCUGAGAAUGAGAAAGAAUGCAACAGUUGACAUGUCUCCUAUCAUUCUAGAUGAGGUUGAUCUUGAAGCAGAGUGGGCCAAUGAGAAUCAGACAGCUCCUGGGACUCCUACAGCUGUAUUUAGUGACGAUGACAUUGAUUGGAUCGACCAGGUAGAUAUAGAGGCUGAGGCUGUAGCCAUGGUAGAGGAGGAGCAGAGAACACGAGCAGAGACAGGAAAUAUUGAGACUCGGAGUGACACAGCUGUUCCUAAUGUUGGUGAGCAUGACACAGUCGUUCCUGAUGUUGGUGAGCAUGGCAUGGUGUCACGGGGAGCAACUAUGGCUGCUGAAUCAUCCAGGACCUACUUUAAACGCCUUCGCAGGGGGCCAGGGCGAGAGGGUGCACGGCCAUCUCAGCCAUAGGCUUGUACACUUGUAGUUGUAUUUAGUUUUACUAUUUACCUUUGGUAUUUGUAUGAAACAUUUGAUGAUGAUCAUAUGAUGACAUGGAUUUUUUAUUCCAUGAGUUUUGUAAUAUUGUAUACAUUUGACAAUAUUUAUAUAUCUAUGUUUCUUAUUUUCUUCAGCUACAAUUUGCAUUUAUGCUUAUGUGAUUGAUGUAUACUUGUGUAUGUAAUCAAAUGAGCCGAGUUUAAUGAUGUUUUUGUGUCUUUAAGG